AGCCCGCCCGGCGCCGCAGCCGCUCCGGGUCUUCCGAGUCCUCCGCGGGCGCCGAGCCCGCCGCGCGGAGCCCAUGGAACCGGCGCGGGGCGAGCUCCGUGCGAGCGGCGGGGCCGAGUCGCUGCUGGGCGAGCUGGAGAUGCGGGUCCAGGACGUGGUGAGGGUGAGCUCGUGGUGGGAGCGCCACGGCGUGGACUGCGCCAUCCUCGCGCUCAGCCUCCUCGCCUUGCCACCCGGGUUCCUUUGCCUGCGCUCUGAGAAUCUCCUGGUCUUUGCCCUGGGCGUCACCAUCCUGGGUGUGUGCCACUACACGCUCACUGUCAAGGGCAGCCACCUUGCCACUCAUGGUGCUCUCACCGAGUCCAAACGCUGGAGCAAGAUCUGGGUGCUUUUCUUUGUGGAGGUAUGCACGUCCUUCACUGCAGAGCACGCCAAGUACGGACACGUCAAGAUGCACCAUGGCUACACCAACGUGCUGGGCCUGGGGGACUCAAGCACAUGGAGGCUGCCUUGCCUCAACCGCUACGUCUACAUGUUCCUCGCUCCUCUCUUGAUCCCCAUCAUAACCCCACUGGUGGCUGUUGAACGGCUGAGAGAGGUGGAGCUCGGGACAGCCCUGCGGACGCUUGGCCUGAUUUCCCUGGGCCUUUAUUCUCACUACUGGCUGCUGCUGAAUGUGUCUGGCUUCCAGAGCCCCAGCUCAGCCCUGGUCUGCAUGCUCAUCACCAGAUCCCUGCUGGCCCACCCUUACCUUCAUGUCAACAUCUUCCAGCACAUCGGGCUGCCCAUGUUCUCCCGGGACAAGAAGCCACAACGGAUUCACAUGAUGAGCCUGGGGGUGCUUAACCUGCCCCGGCUGCCCGUGCUGGACUGGGCGUUCGGCCACUCCCUCAUCAGCUGCCACGUGGAGCACCACCUCUUCCCCAGGCUCUCCGACAACAUGUGCCUGAAGGUGAAGCCCGUGGUGUCCCAGUUCCUCCGUGAGAAGCAGCUGCCGUACAACGAGGACUCCUACCUGGCUCGCUUCCGGCUGUUUCUCCACCACUACGAGGAGCUCAUGGUGCAGACCCCUCCCAUCACAGAGCUGGUGGGGCUGCAGUGAGGGGCGGGCCGGCGCAGUCACCCCGCUCUCCCUUCCGGGCCCACCCCCGGGGCUGGGAGGGCGCGGGCCCUUGCCCAGUGGGUGCGGCUAGGUUGCCUGGAGGUGGGCAGUGAGACGGGGAGCUCAUGCUGGGGGCCCGGGGGCCACCUGCCCUGCUUGCUUUUCCGGGUUUUGAGGAAUACCUGGAGGGAAGGAAUAAAGGUGGCUGGGCAUUCCGGUCAGUCUGGACCUCAGCCAACUUCAUCUCAGGACUGAACAGCCGGAUUCCUCCCCUGCUCGCUCUGAGCCUUGGUAGGGCUACAGGACGGGGGUAAGGAGGGGCCCUAUGGAGGGGGCGGGCUAGGCGGGGACACCGGGAGAGAAGGGUCCACUCCCUGGUGCCAGGGAGCCCCACACUUGGCCACUGCUGCUUCCUGUGCCCUUGAGAUUCUGGCCCCUAUGGAGCCCUCUCCAGGGACCACGAGGAGAGGUUACCUUUGGCAGAGACCUUCCUAAGCUUUCAGCCCGGAAGCCUGUGCAAGACAGUGGCUCAGCAGCUCCCGAGACCCACAGCAUCUGUGAGAUCAGAGUGUGUGUUUUGUGGGGAGGGCACUCCCGGCGAAAUAAGGGGAGAAAGGGUAUGAAUAGCUUUGAGCGUGACCUUGGCUAGCUCUAGAAGUCUGCUUUGUUCCAUGAUGUUUACAAGGGGUGGAAGAAUUCUCAAUUGGAAGAGAGAGAAAAUUACUGGGAGGGUCGCUGAGGCUGGAGAGGGGUUCUGGGAACAGGGUCUGGAGGUCAGAUGGCCUUAGAGAGGAGAGGAAGGAGGGGAAGGAGAGUGUGUGGGGGGUGCGGAUACACGAGCUGGGGGUCCAGGGCUCGGCUCGGCUGUGAAAGGAUGGUCUGCAGCCUGGGAGCGAGAUGGGAAUAUAAGAGAACUACUGGUGCCAGCCGCAGGAAGAGGUCCAGGUAUGGGGACACCACUGAGAUUCAGCCCAAAGCACGCAGCUUUGAUUUGCGAGAGGGCUGGGAGCUGCCCUGGCUGGAGGCUGGAUUAGGGGGUGGGAGGAAGGGCCCAGCUGGAGGCUGAUGGAGGAACAGAGGGAGGCCCAGCCUGUGACAGGAGCCAGAGCAGUUAGUUUAAAAUACGGUUUCUCACCUCAGCACCAUGACGUUUUGGCCAGAUAGUGCCAUCGCUGGGGGCCUGUCCUGUGCAUUGUAGGUGUUUAGCAACAUCCCCAGCUUCUGUCCACUAGGUUCCAGGAACCCAAGUUGUGACCAUCAAAAAUGUCUGCAGGCACUGCCAAAUGUCCCCUGGGGGCAGAAAUCAUCUCUGGUCGAGGACACGCAAGUCUAUUCUGAGCACACAAUUGCCUUGUUUUUCAGUGAAGUCCUUGGACCAGGUGAAGGGUGUGGUGACCCUGAAGAUGGGGAGGCUAAAUGCCAGCAAAUGGGAUGCGCUGAGGGGUCAGAGGGCAGGUGAAGGCAUUCUCUAAGCCGGGUCCUAUUAGGGAACCUAGCUCUGGUGUGGCCUUAGGUGGCUCUGCUGGGCAGCUGCCACUUGCCCGUCCAGAGCCAUUACCUUCUCCUCCACCCUGUGCUCCUGUCCCGAAGCCCACACCUCCUGUCCGGCGCCCUCUCCUACAGCUACAGCUCUCACUACUUCUGAAACAGUCCCUCCUUUUGCUCCUUCCGGGCCUGGGCUGGUAGUGGCUUCCAGCUAUUGCUAGCCCUGGAGGGACUUCACCACACCCUGCAUCCUGCUACACCUCUGCACAGAGUUCCUUCAUUAAACUCUCUUCAGUCAGCCCCUCUGAGCACACUGUCUGUUUCCUGCUGGGAGGCUGACUGAUAGAGCAGAGGUUUGGAUCCAAGCAGCCCUCUUGGAACGAGGCAGGCUUGGCAGCACCCCCCCCCCACCUUACUGCUUUGCUAUAUGUUAUCGCUGCUCUUUUGAAAUGCAUUAGCGACUCAGACGAGGCCUUAAGGACUGGGAAUGCGAUUAAUCAAACUGCUUAUUCUCCACAAGAAAAAUGCAACAUCAGAAAAGGCCCCAUUGCACAGUCCUGGCUAAUGAUUAAAACCAUCCUAGCGCUUCCCUGGUGGCGCAGUGGUUAAGAAUCCGCCUGCCAACGCAGGGGACACGGGUUCGAGCCCUGGUCUGGGAAGAUCCCACAUGCCACUGAGCAACUAAGCCCGUGCGCCACAACGACUAAGCCUGCGCUCUAGAGCCCGCGAGCCACAACUACUGAAGCCCGCGCGCCUAGAGCCCGUGCUCUGCAACGAGAAGCCACCGCAAUGAGAAGCCUGUGCACCGCAACAAAGAGUAGCCUCAGCUCUCAGCAACUAGAGAAAACCUGUGUGCAGCAGCGAAGACCCAAUGCAGCCAAAAACUAAAUAAAUAAAUUUAUUAAAAAAAUAAAAAUAAAACCAUCCUAAUACAA